UCCAUACCAAUUCAAUGGGUGGGUUGUCGCCUAACAACUGAUCCUUUCAGUACUCCAGAUUUUGGAAUCGUCCACGUGACAUUCUACCCAUGUGCUCCUUCAACCUCCACUUUGCUUCUCAUGUCACCACUUUCCGUCACAACAAACUAUUUGCAAUGGUUGAACCAACUCAAGAGCCUCACAAAUGGGUUGGCUACCCCUCUCCGAAAGAAGGUCCUAAUGUCCCUUUUGUAAGAACAGAUGACAAGAAUCCUACAUUCCGAGGAUUGCUUUUGGUGGUGGUUGGAUGGCUGUACGUUAUUUAGUCCAGCGAAAGCUCUACCUCGCUGACAUUUCCAAAGUGUUUCCAAAAUUACGUUCAUUCAAGGUCCCCUAUGGAACAAUGCAAAAAUGAAUGCGUUGAGGAAUAUCAAGGGAUUGGAUGAGUACUAUGAGAGAUGGGAUGUAAGUUUGGAAUUUCAUCUGACUCGGUGGAUGAUAAUUGACAAGAGGGCAAAUAGCCUACAGUAAUCCCUCUUGCAAAUGAUUCACCAUCCACAACAAGUUCUGAUGGUUUAGACAUUAAAUCCAUGCCUGUAAUCCCAGAGGAUUCAGCUGAGCGAUAUCGUUCGGUGGCUGAAUAUCAUGCACUUUAUCGCACCGGAAAAUUAACCCCACUAGCUGUCGCGGAAUCACUUCUUCCCCUGAUUAGAAGAGAUAUCAGCCCGGAGGGACCUCAUUCCGUCGCAUUUACUGAGAGCAAUGUUGAACAAAUCUUGGAAGCUGCCAAAGCAUCGACUUUGCGAUACCAACAAGGAAAUCCUUUGAGCAUUCUUGAUGGAGUUCCGACCGGUAUCAAAGAUGACAGUGAUGUCGCAGGAUAUAGAAGUCAUCAUGGACGAAAAAGGAAUGAUUCAAUGUUCACUGCUGCGGAACAGUCUACUUGGAUCGUUCAACAAUGGGAAAACUCCGGUGCUCUUAUCAUGGGAAAAUUGAAUAUGCAUGAGCUUGGUUCGGAUACUACUAAUAAUAAUCCCAAUUGGGGAACUCCAAAAAAUCCACAUAAUGACCAUUAUUAUCCCGGUGGAUCUUCCGGAGGUCCUGCUUAUGCAGUUUCUUCUGGAUUGAUUCCAUUUGCUCUUGGUUCAGACGGUGGCGGGAGUAUCCGCAUCCCAUCAUCUUUCUGUGGUCUCUAUGGGUUAAAGCCUUCACACGCACGAGUUGAGGAUACUGGAAGUACUGUUACUGUUAACGGUCCUCUUGCAGCGACUAUGGCGGAUCUCGAGGUGGCUUAUCGAGUUAUGGCAAAGCCUAACCCAUCUGAUCCGGUUGCUGCGCUCUUCAAUCCGCCAGGAUCUCCCAAAACUGCACAGCCAAAAGUCAUCGGAAUUUAUAAAGAUUGGUUCGAUCGAGCAGAACCAUCUGUUCAUACUUUGUGUACUAAAUUUGUGGAUCACUGUGAAAAAUCUCUCGGUUAUACUGUUGUUCCAAUCACAAUUCCAUACUGCCCUGAAGGUCAACUUGCCCAUGCCAUGACCAUUCUCGCAAAAAUGGCCUCACAGGCGAAGACUCAUCCUUUCUCGCCUUGGAACUGGUUACAAGAUGCGUCUCCCUCAAACAAGAUUCUCCUUACAAUGGGUGCAUAUACUCCAGCUCAAGACUAUCUCCUCGCCCAACAACUCCGCAAUCUACUCAUGCAGCAUCUAUCUUUCCUCUUCAAAAAACACCCCGGUCUCAUCAUCAUCACCCCAACUACCCCAAUUCCCGGAUGGCAAAUAGAACAUGAGGGAGACUUAUUACACGGCGCUUUUGAUCCAAAUAAAAGUCUUAGAAAUAUGGAGUACGUAUGGUUGGCCAAUUUCACGGGUAUUCCUGGAAUCAACUGUCCAGUUGGAUAUGUAGAUCCAAAGAAAGGUGAAGGGAAAAUUCCGGUGGGUGUAAUGGGAUCUACGGAAUGGGGAGGCGAGGAGUUGUUGAUUGAAUUUGGGAAGGAGGCUGAGGCUUGGUUGGGUGCAGAAAAUGAAGGGGGUGGGAGGAAAUUACCAAGGAAUUGGGUGAAUAUUGUUAAGAUUGCUAAGGAGAAAGUGCUUGGGAAGGUGGCAGAAGAGAGUUGAUUUGGAGGAUUGAAAGGGUGCGGAAUUGAUGAUUUUAUGCUGGCUAGAGAAUAGCAAAGAUUGGAAAACAGGUACUUCCUCGCAGUCUUCAAGCCAGCAAAAUACACGAAUACCUCAUAGCACCUGCAAGGAGUAUUCCCGACCUCACGUUUGUCGUUAAUCAUCCAUUCUUUACCAUUACUGCUAAAGUAUAACCUGGCUAUAAGGGACUGCAUUAUAAGGGAUAACUCUCUAUACGGGAUGAAAAUUUCUACCAUAUUGAUUUUGUAUGUUGUUUUUCGGUUUGUAAGGGAUUGGAUGUACGGGACUCCUCUUUAUAAGGGAUUCGAUUGGUCGAAUCUUUCGGUCCCUUAUAACCACGUUCUACUGUACCACAAUAAGGACAAAUUUCUUACCACUAAUAUUGUUUUUUUCACUAAAAUUAUCAUGAAGACU